GGCCAAAGGGUGAGGGAUCUUAUAAAAUCAAGACGGUACUGUACGCUGCAGGAGCGACUGUUUUUCCAAGUCGCGGAACAACCUAAAAAUGAAAUUGGCAAAUGCCAAGCUUGCUUCACCUAAAGACUGCAAGCCUACUUCACGCGGCACUCUCUGAAAAUAAUUAAAGAUACACUCAGGGACCCAUGAAUAGUAUUCUUUUGUGGAGAAAACCCUAGAAAACCCCGAAUAUAGCGUUCCACCGCCGCCGGUUCCACUCUCUCCCGGCGUUGUCUACCGAGCUCUUUCGAGAUGUCGAAGCGGGGGCGAGGAGGAUCGGCGGGGAACAAGUUCCGGAUGUCGCUGGGUCUGCCGGUGGCGGCGACGGUGAACUGUGCGGACAACACCGGGGCGAAGAACCUCUACAUAAUUUCGGUGAAGGGGAUCAAGGGGCGGCUUAACCGACUCCCGUCUGCUUGCGUUGGGGACAUGGUCAUGGCCACAGUCAAGAAGGGGAAGCCCGAUCUCAGGAAGAAGGUCAUGCCUGCGGUCAUCGUGAGGCAGCGCAAGCCCUGGCGCCGAAAGGACGGGGUCUACAUGUACUUUGAAGAUAAUGCUGGAGUUAUUGUGAACCCAAAGGGAGAAAUGAAAGGGAGCAUGCAAUGUGCCUGACAAGCAAUCAGUAAGCAGAUAGCGGUGGGUGUGUAGAUAUGGUAUUGCGGUGAUGCCAGAAAUAUCACAAUGUUAGGUGGCAAGCUUCCUGAUAGUGCUGUAGUAACUGUUGCCGAGGCAGUUCUUUCUCCAGCAGGCUGUACAAAUAUAACAUCGAAAUUUUCAUACUGUGGCCAUAUAUGAAUAUUAUUGCAGUCUUGUUCUCAUACCAAGAGACUUACAUGGCAGAUAACUGUGAGAGUUUAGAUGUUGAUUGUGGUGAUGCCGGAAAUAUCACAGCUUUAGGUGGCAAGCUUCCUGAUAGUGUUGUAGUAAUUGUUGCAGAGGCAGUUCUUACCCCAGCAGGCUGUACAAAUAAAACAUCAAAAUGUUCGCACUGUGGCCAUAUAUGAAUAUUAUUGCAGUCUUGUUCUCAUGCCAAGAGACUUGCAUGGCAGAUAACUGUGAGAGUUUAGAUGUUGAUUGUGGUGAUGUCGGAAAUAUCACAGUUUUAGGUGGCAAGCUUCCUGAUCGGGUUGUAGUAAUUGUUGCUGAGGCAGUUCUUUCCCCAGCAGGCUGUACAAAUAUAGCAUUGAGAUUUUCAUACUGCAGCCAUAUAUGAAUUAUUGUGGUCUUGUUCUCAUACCAAGAUACUUACAUGGUAGAGCUUACAGGGCUGAAAGAGCGUGCGAUGAAUCUUGUGCAGGGUGUGGAUGGAUCCAUGUCAUCUUAUUAUUUUUAAGACAAGGAUGUAGUAUGUGAUGCAUAGAUUGUUUAUUUGAGUUGGAAUGCAUUUGUUCCGCUUGCCGUGUCAAGAGCAUCAAUAAACCUUGGAAUAUUAAAUAUCAUAUGCCUACUGUGCAAAAAGUUCACGAUCUAUUUUAUCAACACCUUGGGCAUCUUUGAGGUUCAUUGUGAGAAGGGAAACAGGAAAGAUGAUAUGUAGUAGGUAUGGCGGACAUGUGCCUUCUGUCGUUGUGCGGGAAUGCUUAUUUGGAUAACAUGUUUUUUUGGGAAGAUUCGACACAUUUUGGUCCAUGCGUAAGAGUCUGGUGCCUGAUGUGUUCCAAGUU